GGGACCCGCGCGCCAGGCCCGCGCCGCCGCUCCGCCCGUGGGCUCGGCCGGGGCUGCCGCGAGCGUGCGGGCCGCGCCGGGCAUGUCCUAGGCGGCGGCCCCGCCCAGCGCUCGGCCGGCGGGCGGGAGGGCCGGGGCCGGGGCCGAGCCGGGGCCGAGCCGGGGCCGAGCCGGGGCCGAGCCGCAGGGCCGCACGGGCCUGGCCGGUGCCAAGAUGAGCGUCACAUCCUGGUUCCUGGUGAGCAGCAGCGGCACCCGCCACCGGCUCCCGCGAGAGCUCAUCUUCGUGGGACGGGAUGAGUGUGAGCUCAUGCUGCAGUCCCGCAGCGUGGACAAGCAGCACGCCGUCAUCAACUACGACCAGGACAGGGACGAGCACUGGGUGAAGGACCUGGGAAGCCUGAACGGGACAUUUGUGAAUGACGUGCGCAUCCCGGACCAGAAGUACGUCCCGCUGAAGCUUCAUGACGCCGUCCGAUUUGGCUAUGAUUCCAACAUGUACGUCCUGGAGCGGGUGCAGCACCGGGUCCCCGAGGAGGCACUCAGGCACGAGAAGUACACCAGCCAGCUGCAGGUGAGCGCCCGGGGCCUGGCGCCUGGGAAGGGCGAGGCCCCGCCCCAGCAUGCCCCUUGCUGUGAGUCCUCGGCCCCCAGGCCGGAGAGGGGGGACCGGAGGCCGGGAGCAGAGGCGGCGGCCUACCGCACACCCCUGUACGGGCAGCCCUCCUGGUGGGGAGAGGAGGACGGCGGCAGCCCCCUCGAGGACCGGCGCCGGGAGGAGCCCUACGCCGAGCGGCCCAAGGAGCUGGUGCAGCCGGACGGGGAGCUCUCUGCGACUAUGGCCGGGUUCCGGGCUGCGGCGGAGCCUCAGGGCUUCCCGUUCCGGCGGGAGCCCAGUUACUUUGAGAUCCCCACAAAAGAGGCUCCGUCCCCGCCACCGCCACCGCCGCGGCCCCCCGAGGGGGCGGCCCAGGAGGCACCCACCAAGGACACGGAGCCCAGCGGGGGUGGGGCGGCCCCCGUGGUGCAGAGCCACGCCUCCUUCACCAUCGAGUUCGACGACUGCAGCCCCGGCAAGGUGACCAUCAAGGACCACGUCACCAAGUUCUCACUGCGGCAGAGGAGGCCCCUGGGCAAGGAGGCCACACCUGUGGAGGCCGUGUCUGCCGAGACCAAGGUGGCCGACUGGCUGGUGCAGAAUGACCCAAGCCUGCUGUGCCGGGCGGGCCCGGGCGAGGACCGGCACAGCACCAAGAGCGACCUGCCCAUCCACACCCGCACCCUGAAGGGCCACAAGCACGAGGAUGGCACCCAGAGCGACUCGGAGGACCCCACGGCCAAGGCGGCAGCGGCGGCAUCAGCUGGGGUCCCCGCAGAGGGCGGCGGGGGACCGGUGCGGCUGCAGAGGCAGAUGAAACGUGACCCCCAGGAGCUGCUGCACAACCAGCAAGCCUUCGUCAUCGAGUUCUUUGACCAGGAUACACCCCGCAAGAAGCGGUCCCAGUCCUUCACGCACACCCCCUCCGGGGAUCCCAAGGCCGACAGACGCCGAGGCCCCGGGCCGGCAGACAGAGACCGCUCAGGUGUUCCUGCCUCGGCGCGGGGCACGGGUGGUGGCUCGGGGCCGCAGCGGGCCAGCUCGCUCAAGCGGGAGAAGACGGAGGAGCGUCCGGGGGGCCCCUCGCCUGCCUCCCGGGGCUCCGUGCGACCCUUUGGCAGCGUGGGGCGUCGCUCCCGUCUGGCCCAGGACUUCAUGGCCCAGUGCCUGCGGGAGGGCUCUCCGGCCGCCCGGCCCAGCCCUGACCGGGCAUCCCCAGCAUCCCCGGCCCCCGAGACACCCCGAGGGGCCAGCCCUGUGGCCCCUGCGACCCCUCCACCGCCCCCCGCCGACCCCCAGCUGACCAAGGCUCGCAGACAGGAUGAGGACGACAGUCUGAGUGACGCGGGGACCUACACCAUCGAGACAGAGGGGCCGGACCCGGAGGUGGAGGAGGCCCGCCAGAUGAUCGACCAGGUCUUUGGGGUACUGGAGUCUCCUGAGCUUUCCAGGGUGUCCUCGGUGGCCUUCCGUCCGGUCAUCAGAGGGGACAGAGACGAGGCUGGUGAUGGGGUCGCCCAGCGAGUGGCCCUCCUGCAGGAGUUUGCCUCUCGGCCGGUGGGCACAGCCCCCCACGGGGAGCUACAGGGCCUCGCGGGGCCCGGCUCCCCCGGGGGUCAGAAGUGGGUGUCCCGCUGGGCCAGCCUGGCUGACAGCUACUCGGACCCAGGGCAGACAGAGGAGAGUCCUGGGCGCAGAGCUGGGGAGCCGGAGGGGGCCCCGCCUGUGCGCCAGCGACGGCGACUGCCACAGCUGCCCAGUGACCGCGCAGAUAGCCCUGGGCGUCUUGAGGCCACCGGGAGGAGCGGCCCUGGGCCUCCGGAAUCGGCCAGUGAGCAGCCCGGCUGCCUCUUGGGCCAGGAGGACUUGGAGCCCGACAGCCUCAGUGACGCCAGUGGGUCAGACGGUGGGCGGGGCUCUGAGUUGGGUGCAGGCCCCCAGGAGGGAGUAGCGUGGACAAAGGGCCGGCGCUCGCCAAGGGCCCCCGGAGAGCCAGCCGCCACCUCUUUCUUCAUUGGGGACCAGAAUGCAGAACCAGCCUUCCCCAGGCAGCCCUCUGUGGCUGCAGGGGCGGUGGAGGGCCCAGGGCGGGCGGUCCUCCGGCGGCACACAGAGCGGUCCCCGGAGCCUGAGAGCCCUGCCCCAGCCUUGGUGCGGCAGGAGAGCUUCAGCAAGGAGCCGGCCGGCGGCACCCCCGCGCCCGGCCAGCUUCCACACGUCUCCAGCCACCCCCUCCUGAAGGACCUGGCUGCCACCCGGGCCUCCCGCAUGGACCUCCACCCCCAGGACACCCGCCUGAUCCUGAAGGAGACAGAGACAGCCCUGGCAGCGCUGGAGGCCCGGCUGCUCUCCAAGCCCAUGGAGGAGGCAGAGGGCCCGAUGGGCAGCGUCCCUGGGCCGCAGGAGGAUUCCCUGUCCGGGGACUCUGACGUGGACACGGCAAGCACGGUCAGCCUGCUCAGUGGCAAGAACGGGCCCAGCCCGACCAGCCCCAAGCCCGCGGGGCCGCAGAAGGAGAAGCCGCCGUCCCCAGCAGCAGCGCAGGACCCAGCAGGCAUCCCCCUGAACUGCGGCCGAGAGAUGCUCUCAGAAAAGCACCGUCGUGCCCUGGGCCCCACAGACACAGGCCGGGCAGAGCCAGGGAGGCGCCUGGCCACGCGGCGCGGCACUGGGCCCCGGGGGUCCUCGGACUGGCCUGACGAAGACCAAGGCUCUGGCCUGGCCCACCCGCCCGGCACAGACACGGUCACCUCUGACCACGAGAGCCCUGUGGCCGCUGGGGUGGGGCGGCCAGGGCCUCGCCGGAAACCGGCACCACCAGCACCAGCCCCGGCUCCCCGGGAGGAGCAGGCCCGUGGCUCUGCCCAGAAGGUACAGCAGGUGCUGACCCGCUCCAACAGCCUGUCUACGCCGCGGCCCACGCGGGCCUCCCGGCUGAGGCGGGCCCGGCUGGGGGACACCUCAGACACAGAGGCUGCUGAUGGUGAGCGGGGGCCCCCGGCCAACCCUGAGCCGGCAGGGCGGCCAGCGCCCGAGCAAGCCAAGAAGCUGUCACGCCUGGAUAUCUUGGCCAUGCCCCGAAAGCGGGCGGGCUCCUUCACGGGGCCCAGCGACUCCGAGGCGGCCCCUGCCCGCGCCGGCUUCUCGGGCCGCAGUGUCGAGUUGUACUGCUCCAGCCGCAAACCCGUCAUGGCCGAGGCUCGCACUGCCGCCACCAGGAAGUCUGCUGGUACCGCCGUGGCCCCCCGCCAGCCCUUCAGCAGGGCCCGCCCAGGCAGCGCCCGAUACUCCUCACCCAGCACGCGUCGCCGGCAGCAGGGCUCAGAUUGCACGUCCACGUCCGAGGAGGAGUACGGCUCCCACCACGGCUCCCCUAAGCACGCACGCUCCCUCGCCUCAACAGCCACGCAGACCCCGCGGGCUGGCGGCUCCAGCCGCACGCGCCCCCGGGCCCCCGGCCUCCGGGACACGGAUGACGAGGAAGAAGACCCAGACCCGUACGGCUUCAUCGUGCAGACCGCGGAGAUCGCGGAGAUCGCCAGGCACUGGUGUGCCGGGAACCUUGGGGCUGUUGCUCGUGUGCCCGCCAGUGAAAGGAGCGGCAUGGACACUGACAGGCUGAGCCAGACGCUAGUGAAGGACGUGGCCAUCCUGGCGCGGGAGAUCCACGAUGUGGCUGGGGACGGCGACUCGCUGGGCUCCCCGGGGCCCGCACGCAGCCCCUCCCUCAGCAACGUGCCCAGCACCCCUGCUUCAACCAUCUCCGCCCGUGAGGAGCUGGUGCAGCGCAUCCCCGAGGCCGGCCUCAACUUCCAGAAGGUGCCCCCUGGCUCCCUGAGCUCCCGAGACUUGGACCAGAACAUGAACGACCGCUGUGGGGACUCGCUCGCCAGCAAGACGCGGCCUCGGAGCCGUGAGGAGGUGAUCUUCGACAACCUGAUGCUGAACCCCGUGUCGCAGCUGUCCCACGCCAUCCGGGAGAACACGGAGCACCUCGCCGAGAAGAUGAAGAUCCUCUUUCAGAACACGGGGCGGGCCUGGGAGGAGCUGGAGGCCAGGAUCAACGCGGAGAACGAGGUGCCGCUCCUGAAGACGUCCAACAAGGAGAUCAGCUCCAUCCUGAAGGAACUGAGGCGCGUGCAGAAGCAGCUGCAAGUCAUCAAUGCCAUCGUGGACCCCAGUGGGAACCUAGACCUGCUGACCGGGAACCGGAGCCCCGCGGGCUCCGCCCAGCUCGGGAAAGGCCGGCCGGCCGCCCAGAGCCCAGGCUCGCCCCCCUUGGCCCUGUGUCUGAGGAGCUUCCCACAGCGGGUGAACUGCGGCUCCCCAGGCCUCCCGGACCCUGCCCUCCUCCCCGACUUCCUGCCGGACGCAGAGAGGUUCCUGCUCUAGGCGGCCUCCACGUGCCUGGGUCCAGCGCUGCCGGCGCCCCUUGUCUGCCUCCACGGCCCUUCCCGGCUGCGGAUGGUUCACCGCAGACCCCCACAUGUGCCAUAACCCUGUGGGCAGGUGCCUCUGUGCCCAGACCCCCUCCCUAGCUCCCAGCCAGCGCCCCAGCUGGACAGUCCAGCCCCUGCGGCUGCCCCCGCAGACCCUCUGGCCCAGCUCCUGCUGCGGCCAUCCCGAGGGCGGGCGUCACAGGUGUGUACCCUGUCUCCUCUCUACUCCUGUUAUUUUUGUCUUUAGCUGUUAAGGGAAGAGUGGUCUGGGCCAGUACGGCAGCCCCGGGCCUGGAAGGCCAUCAUCCCGCCCGUGCGCUGGGGGCGGCUGUUCUGCUACGGGCUCUGUGGGCUCAGCAGUCCCGUCCCUGUGGGCUGGCCGGGCCCAGGCCAAGGAGGGGCUGGACCAGGGGUGGGUAUCAUUCAGUGCCAAACACGGAGCCGGGAGGGGCUGCUGGAGCCCCGGGACUCGAGGGCAGGGUGCUCCCGGCUGGCCCUGCAGCCCGCUCUGCCAUGGAGCCGGUGGCUCCCGCGGCCCCGGGGUCGGGUGGCCUGUGGAGUUGUCUGGGGUGGGAACCCCACUGCUUCGAGCCUUUGGUGCCAAUGCAACUGCCAAACCCACAAGUGUACAGGCUGCGGCCGCGCAGGCUGGGCAUACGGGCACACAUGCUGGACACGCGCGCCCACUCUCCCGGCGAGCCCAGGUGCGCGCGCACGUGGCGGGGCCACCCUUCCCGGCCACGGAGGCUGGGCUCCUGCACUUGGCUUCCUGCAGUCCGAGGCUGGGGCUGGGGGUCGGGAGGGGAGCCCUAGCCCGAGGCUGCGGGAAGCCAGGCUUCCGGAAGCUUCCUGGGCUGUACCCCUCCCCCAGCCCUCACCCCUGUCCUCCCUGAUGCUGUGGGCAUUUCUGGGGUGUCUGCAGCCAGCUCCAGGCCCUGCAGGCUGCUGUGCUCCUGGUCCCGUGGGGGCUGGGGGACACGGAGAGCCCCCAGGGACAGUCUUGCCUUCUCAGGAUUCUUCCAGCUGGGAACACGGGUGGGCAGAGUGUGCGCCGCCCCCGGGGCAGGGGGUGUUUCUGGAGCCUCUAAAGCCAAAGAGCCCAUGGGUGGUGGCAGGUGGGGGCACGGGUGGCUGCGCACCAGCCCGGCCCCUAUGUGAGUGGCGACUGCAGGAAGGGGCCCGGCGGGCGGUUGUGAGCCCGGCCGCCAUGGGCGACGCGUUGUCUCUGUUUACGUGUAGCCGACGUGCAGUCGCGUGCAUGGGUCCUGGGCCCCCGCCCCCACGUGUCCGUGUGUGUGAGUGUGUGCGAGUGUGAGUGGUGGGCUCCCUGCCAGGACCCCGCCCCUGAGCCUGCUGUGUCCACAGGGAGGCGGCGCCGGGCCCCCUCCCGCCCCUGCAUGCCGCGCGGUUGCCCGCAGCCUGUCCCCCGGAAGCGCGGUGGCCGUCCCAUCCACACCCACGCUCUGCCAUCGCCGCCGCUUCUUAUUCACCCACUUCCGUCCCUCCCCCAUCCAGCUUCCCCUUGGGAUUGGUAACUUACCUGUCUGGCUUCUUGGAGGUACUUCUGUCUGUCUGUCCUUGGGUGGUCUCAUGGAUGUCUUUCAGGAAACGGUUAUUUUAUAUGAGUUGUCAUGGGGUUUGUUCUAAUAAAUCAUUCUGUCACAUGGCGAAGAUCCUGGCGUCUGCUGCCUUGGCCUGGGUUCGCCGCUGCGGGGGUCUGGGGUGGGGUCUCCCCUCCCUGGCUGGGAACUCCCCUUCCCCGCGGUCGGGGGAUGCUGCGAUGCCCGGACCCAGCCGCCAGGGGGCGGCGCAGGCGAGGACGCGGCCGGGAAAUUUCACACGUUUCUCCCCCAAGAAAGAAAUUGCUUCCUUCGAGCUGUUCAAGGGUGACCAGAACCGCCCUCAGGCCGUGCUGUGGACGCGCAGCGGUCCCGGCUCCGGGUGCCCAGCCGCAGCUCCUUCCGAUUCCCUCACGCUUUCUGUGGCUUCGGAGCGUCUCUGACCUGACCCCAGGGCUGUGAUGACGUCCCCGGGUCUUCAGACACCCCCAACCCCGGCUGCAAGGAGGGCCCACAGGAGCCGGACGGGCUGAGGAGAGUGUGCAGCCUGCUGUCCGCCCAGGAGGCUGGCCGCCACAGGACCUGCCCUCCGGGUCCCUCGAGCACGCCCAGGAGGCCCUAGUAUCUCCUCGGGGCCCCACCUCGGCUCUGUUCCCCACGCCAGCUGUUCCCCGCCUCCGCUGUGUACACCCGAAAAUCUGCACCCCCCAACAUGUGGACGUUAUGCUGCACUAAGAAUUCAACACAGUAACCAGGAAUGGAAAAUGAAUGUAUUAACAUAAAAUUCUUCAUAAUGUUCCUUUGCUUUUGUAAAAGUGUCCGUGAGACCUGUUUCUGGGCUCUCAUUUUCCGCCUAAACAGGGCGAUUCACACCGUCCUCUGUGCGCCGGCUGUGCGGGGUCUACAAUCUCGUUCCUCCGCAUGGAGCCGGCUGUUUGGUUUGGUCGGUUUUCUCCGUGACACGUUUGUUCGCUGCUUCAUUAACCGUCCUCGCCCUCAUCUUUGUUCGUUUCCCCCUUCCCUGUUUCAGUAUUUCGUUCUUCCUUUCCGUACUCUGUGAGAUUGAUUUUCAGCUUUCCUUAUUUUCUGAUCCAUGGAUUUAAGGCUACAAAUUGCUUCCUAAAUGUAACUUCAGCUGAUCUCGUGA